AUGGUAUCUCGAUGUCUUGUUGACACACUUUUUGUGCGUACACUUAUUCCAGAAUCACCGGACAAUUCAGACGAAUCAAUUGAUACGGUAGAUUCUGUUUUUUCCACGUCAUAAAACCCUUCUUAUCGUCGAAACCGUCCACGUGACCAUUUCGCAGAACUUUCCCUUCUCUCGAGAACUCCAAUUUCGCCGUCAUUAUUUUCGCAAGUGAAACUCAUUUCGACUCGAUUGCUAACUCUUCCCCAAUCUCUUCCAUUUCAAUUUUUAUUUCUAGCCGGAUUUUUCGAACGGUACGUUCUUUUUUUGCUCCCUCUGGAGAACUUGCCGCACUCCAGGAUCGAUAAUAAAAGUUUCAGAUGGAACAAAGUGACACAUCAGAAUACCAGCUGGCGACAAGUCCGGCCCCGCGCACCGCCAUCGACUACAACUCCUCGUUCGAAGAAUCGCCGGCGAAGAAAGUGAAAUUUGCUCACGAACUCACCGCUUCAGAAGAUCUCAGUCCGACGGUAACUCUGAUUCUGAGGAACAACCAGGAGUUUACCGUCGAACGGAGUCUCCUUUCCUUCUACUCAACCUACUUCCGCCUUCUUUUCACCUCCGACUUCCGCGACUCCAAAGAUCCCGUUCACAGGUUCGCAAGCGGUCACGGUACGGUGUUCCAUCGACACAAUUCCAGAAUCCGUCUGAUCUCCGGUCCCGAUCUUCAUCUCCUUCUCACGAUUCCCCGAGCCUUCGAGCAAGGCAUCAAGCCGGAAAUCAAUUUGCAAAGAGCCGUGGAGCUGCUGGAACCGGCCGCCUACCUGCAGAUGGACAUUGCUCUCGACUACAUCACCGACAUCCUCUGCGACAAUCUCACCCAUGAAAGUAAGGCAAUCGUAGCGUGUUCCAAUGCGAGGCCCAUUUCAGACAUCAUCAAAAUCUUCCGCCUCGCUCUUCUCUACCACACUUCGCUGGCUUUCCGCGUGUGGCGAGCAAUGAUCCGACAGUUUCAAACGGUAUUUUCAGGGAGGCGUUCCCCGAAUCAAGAAGCAAUUUCACGUUCAGAUGUUCGUCACAAAAGUCUAUCUGACACUGAAGGAGAACGAGAUCAUUGGAUUGCUCACCGACAAACACUUGAAUCUGAGGAGCGAGGACGAGAAGACGGUGAUUUCGCAGUGGAUCCAGCACAACUCGCCCCUCGAAUCCGACCGAAUCGUCGAGUUCGCUGAGCGGAACUUUGCUCGCCGUCCGAUGCCCGACGCCGGCCAAUACGAAGUGAUCCGAGUGAGACAGCCCGUCAGCGGCGUCAUCUCGUUUGGUCAGUUGAUUGGAAGUGCUUCUUUUCAGUCUUUUCUUUUCAGGUGGAUGGGCAAGUCGGGGAGUCGCCCAAAAGAUCGAGAUAUUCAAUAGUCGCAGUGACCGCUGGCAGACGUGCAAGUUCAAUUUUGAUGUGUACGUCGCCUUCUGUUCGCUACCGUAUCUACCGUAUUACUUGCAGUCCGGACAUCCGUCGCGCGUACAAUGGUAUCAGUUUGGUCGAGAACAAACUCGUCGUCUACGGAGGAUUCAACGGACUCACUCAAUACCAGACCACGACGGUUUUCGAUUUGAAUACCAAAAAGUGGAUGAAGGGGAUGAACAUGCACGACAAAAGGUGCUACAUGACGGGAACGACGACCAAAGACUCGUACGGAAAGGAGCUGAUCUACGCGUGUGGAGGGUACGAAAGAGAGACGGAAGGAGGGCGGGGGAGGACGAGUUGAAAUGAUUGCAGAAUGAACGGAAUCAGCCGUCUGAGAAGCGCAGAAGUAUACGAUCACACGACGGACAAAUGGACGGAGCUGGCCGACAUGAAAUGGCAGAGAUCCGACGGAGCAGUGCUCACCAUCAACAAUCAGGUGAUGUCCGUCGGCGGAUUCGACGGAAGACACCUGCACGGCAACGGAGAGAUCUACGAUCCCAUUGGGAAUAUCUGGUGAGUACCGUGCCUCACAACUAUAAUCCAAUCUCUCCCCCUCAAUCCCAGGAUGCCACUCUCGUCGAACAUGCGCACUCGUCGUACUGGCUGUUCGGCGGUCUCCAUCACCGACAACGUCGCCAUGGUCAUUGGCGGAUUCAACGGAUCGCGACGUCUCGACACGUCGGAAAUGUUCGAUCUCCGCGAAGGAAUCUGGCAUCCGGUUCCGGUGAUGCACACGGGAAGAUCCAACUUUGGCGCGUGCCACAUGGACAGCUACUCGAUCUACGUGGCCGGAGGAUUCGACGGCCAGGCGACGAGCAAAGAGGCCGAGCGCUUCGAUCUGCGCAACCGGCGCUGGCAGGCGCUGCCGGAUCUCGGCGAACAAAAGUCGGCGCUCCGUCUCGUGCGGCUCUCCGAUCAUCCGAUCCUCGACGAACUCUUCGACAUUCCCGACGACACGGAGAUUGUGACCACGUGGUGA